AUGACGAGUGUCGACGAGCUCUUCAAGAAACCACUACCUACAGGGAGCUCCAAGCGCAAGUUUGAGCCCGUUCAGGACCCUAACGAGCUAUACAAAGCGGCGAAGUUGGACUCCAAUGGCGAUGUGAAGUCAAAGGGCAAGGGCGCUAUGGUGGAGGACGACUUUGACGAUGACGAUGGCGAAGCUGGACCCGAACUACCACCGGACUUUGAGGAAGACGUCCCCGAUGAUGAGGAGGGCCGCUUUUUCGGUGGUGGUAUGGAGCAAAAGACUGCCCAGGCCAUGCAGUACAUUGACCAAAAUGAAGAGGACGAAACCGCGCCCGAGAAAUUCGAUGCAGCCUGGGUCCGCCGAUUCGCCUUGAACUUUGAGAAGAAGAUAUCCAAGAAUGCCGAGCUCCGUGCGAAAUUCGAAAAUGACCCUGCAAAGUUCAUGGCCUCCGAGGCCGACCUCGACACCGAGAUCAAAGGACUAUCGAUUCUGUCCGAGAAUCCUGAGCUUUAUGAGGAAUUCGCCAAGAUGGGCUGUGUCGCCUCAUUGGUCUCAUUGCUCUCGCACGAAAAUGCGGAUAUUGCCAUCGACGUCAUCCAGGUUAUAAGUGAACUCACGGAUGAGGAUGUUGAGGCUGAACAGGAACAGUGGGAUAGCCUGGUCAAUGCUAUGAUGGAUGCCGACCUCAUCGAACUCUUGGCACAGAACCUCUCUCGCCUAGACGAAGGCGCAGAAACCGACAGGACUGGUGUUUACUACAUUCUAAGCGUUCUGGAAAACCUGUCUUCCCAGUCCGCACUCGCAGACAAGAUCGGAGAAGAUGCUGCCAUUUUGCCUUGGAUUCUAUCGCGCAUACGGCAGAAAGAAAAUCCGGUCUCCCAGAACAAGCAAUAUGCCGCGGAGAUUUUGGCAAUUCUUUUGCAAUCCUCCCCUAAGAACCGAGAGAAGUUUGUUGGUCUUGACGGCGUCGAUGCUCUCCUUCAGCUUCUCAGCCAAUACCGGAAACGGGACCCAGCUAAGGACUCCGAGGAGGAAGAAUAUGUGGAGAAUCUCUUUGACUCUCUGGCUUGCCUUGUCGAUGAUGACGCUGGUAAGGAGAAGUUCAUCGAGGCAGAGGGCAUUGAGCUUGCUCAAAUAAUGCUCCGAGAGAGCAAGUUCAGCAAGCCUCGAGCUCUUAAGAUUCUCGAUCACGCUCUUGGCGGUUCGGGUGGAGGCCCAGCGUGCGAGCGACUUGUCGAGGCGGCGGGUCUGAGGACGAUCUUUGGAAUGUUCAUGAAAAAGCAAGAGGGCCAGAACAUCGAGCAUCUGCUCGGUAUUUUUGCUUCUCUUCUCCGCCUUCUGCCCGGUGGUUCCGCUCCGCGUAUCCGAACACUCGCCAAGUUCAUGGAGAAGGAGUAUGAGAAGAUUGAGAAACUCAUCAAAUUAAGACGGGAGUAUGCUGCACGCGUAUCUCCCGUUGAGCAGGCAAUUGAAAAGGAACGCAAGGGUCUUUCACAAGAUGAUCAGGAAUUCAUGGCUGGCGAGUGGCUGUCACGCCGGUUCGAUGCAGGUCUGUUCUCUCUACAGACUAUUGAUGUUAUUCUGGCAUGGCUCAUCGCUGAAGAUGACGGGGCGAAGAAAAAGGUGGUUUCUCUACUGGCAGACCGGGAUGAGGACCUUUCCCUAGUUCGGAACACCCUGCAAGAACAAUUGGAAGGACUUGGGGGUGAGGAUCAGGGCCAAAAAGAUUUUAAGGAUAUGCUGAGCACAUUACUGCAAUUUGUUUGA